AUGUCUGCGGAAGUGUCUACUGCUCCCGUCGCUGACAACACCGCCAACGGUACCCCUGAUACCAACGGCAGCGUGGCCAACACCAAUGUCGCCUCUGAGACUCCCGCGACUGAGUCUGCGCAGUCUACCAGCGCCAGCCAGCCUCACUCCGCUUCCCUCUAUGUCGGCGAGCUGGACCCCUCGGUGACUGAGGCGAUGCUCUUCGAGCUCUUCUCCUCCAUCGGCCAGGUCGCUUCCAUCCGUGUCUGCCGUGAUGCCGUCACCAGACGUUCCCUCGGAUAUGCCUACGUUAACUACAACAACACCGCUGACGGUGAGCGUGCUCUGGAGGACCUGAACUACACUCUGAUCAAGGGCCGUCCUUGCCGUAUCAUGUGGUCUCAGCGUGACCCGGCUCUGCGCAAGACUGGUCAGGGCAAUGUCUUCAUUAAGAACCUGGACGCUGCCAUUGACAACAAGGCUCUUCACGACACCUUCGCUGCCUUCGGCAACAUCCUGAGCUGCAAGGUCGCUCAGGACGAGUUUGGUAACUCCAAGGGUUACGGUUUCGUUCACUACGAGACUGCUGAGGCCGCCAACAACGCCAUCAAGCACGUCAACGGAAUGCUGCUGAACGAGAAGAAGGUCUAUGUCGGACACCACAUCGCCAAGAAGGACCGUCAGAGCAAGUUCGAGGAGAUGAAGGCCAACUUCACCAACGUCUACGUGAAGAACCUCGACCCCGAGACUACCGACGAGGAGUUCCGUGAACUCUUCUCAAAGUACGGUGAUAUCACCUCUGCCACCGUCAGCCGUGACCAGGAGACUGGCAAGAGCCGUGGCUUCGGUUUCGUCAACUUCUCCACCCACGAGAGUGCGCAGGCCGCCGUUGAUGAACUGAACGACAAGGAGUACAAGAGCCAGAAGCUCUACGUUGGCCGUGCUCAGAAGAAGCACGAGCGUGAGGAGGAACUCCGCAAGCAGUAUGAGGCUGCUCGCGUCGAGAAGGCGUCCAAGUACCAGGGCGUCAACCUCUACGUCAAGAACCUGACGGAUGACAUUGACGACGACAAGCUCCGGGACCUCUUCAGCCCCUACGGUACUAUCACCUCCGCCAGGGUCAUGCGUGACACCCUUGAGCGCUCUAGCUCCGACUCCGAGAAGGAGAACGUGAAGGAGACUAAGGAGACCAAGGAAGGCGAGGAGGCUGAAAAGGAGAAGGCAGAGGGUGAGGAGACUAAGGCUGAAGAGAAGCAGGAGGAGUCCAAGGAGGAGGAGAAGAAGGACAAGAAGUCCGAGAAGGGCGAGAAGAAGGCUCUUGGCAAGAGCAAGGGCUUCGGUUUCGUCUGCUUCAGCAGCCCCGAUGAGGCUUCUAAGGCCGUCACUGAGAUGAACCAGCGCAUGGUCAACGGCAAGCCCCUCUACGUCGCUCUGGCUCAGCGUAAGGAUGUCCGAAGAAGCCAGCUUGAGGCCUCCAUUCAGGCCCGCAACACCAUCCGUCAGCAGCAGGCCGCCGCCGCCGCUGGUAUGCCCCAGCCCUACAUGCAGCCGGCCGUCUUCUACGGACCCGGCCAGCAGGGCUUCCUCCCCGCUGGUGCUGCUGGCCGUGGUGGCCUGGCCUUCGCUCCUCAGCCCGGUAUGGUCAUGGCUGGCAUGCCCGGUGGCCGUCCUGGCCAAUAUCCUCCUUUCCCUCAGCAGGGAGGACGUGGAAUCGCUGCCAACCAGCCCAUUCCUCCUAACUUCGCUCAGGGCAUCCCCAUGGGUGCUCCUGGUGCUAUUCCCAACGGUCUGGGCUACCCUCCCAUUGCCCAGGUCCAGGCUUUCGGACGUGGUGCCGGUGGCCGCGGACAGGUCCCCAUCCAGGGUAUCCCCCCCAACAUGGCUAACGUUCCUGGCAUGCGCGGUCCUGGUGGCCCUGGCUUCCAGGGUCGCGGAGGUGUUCCUCAGCAGAUCCGCCCUGGCCAGGGUGGUCGCGGACAGAACGCUCCUGGUCCCGUUGCCGGUGCUGAAGUUGCCCCUAGCGGUCUCACUCUCGCUACCCUGACUGCCGCUCCUCCCGCUCAGCAGAAGCAGAUGCUAGGUGAAGCUAUUUACCCUAAGAUCCAGGCUCAGCAGCCUGAGCUGGCUGGAAAGAUCACCGGUAUGCUUCUGGAGAUGGACAAUGUUGAGCUCCUUAGCCUGAUCGAUGACGAGGCCGCUUUGCGCGCCAAGGUCGAUGAAGCUAUUACUGUUUAUGACGAGUACAUGAAGAACAAAGGUGGCGACAACGCUGCUUCUGGAGAGACUGCCAAGCCGAAAGAGGAAGCUAAGGAGGAGGCUGCAGAGGAGACUAAGUCGUAG